AUGGCGGGGCCGGACGCCCGGUUCCAGCGCGUGCAUAGCGACCCGCGCUUCCGCCGCGCGCGCCGCCAAGACACGCAAGUCGCUGUAGAUGAGCGUUUCAAGGACGUACUCAGCAAGGGGGCCAAGCAGCCGGAUCGCUACGGCCGCCACCGCCACGUGCGGGAGGCCGACGACCUGGCGCACCUGUAUCGCCUCGACACGCCGUCCGUCGACUAUGCGCGUGGCGAGGGCGAGCUCGAGAGCAGCAGCGAGGAGGAGGACGAGUCGGAGGACGAGUCGGAUGGCGACGUCGUGAUUGGCGGCGCCGCGGCUGUGCGCCGUGCGACGCAAGAUGGCGACGAGUCGGAGGCGUCUAUCGAUCUGGACGAGGAGAUCGACGGGGAUGUCGCGGCUGAGCUGGACCGCGAGGCGCGCGCGCGCCCGGCCGACGAUGUUGCGCGCGGCGACGACACGCGGCGUCUUGCGGUCGUCAACAUGGACUGGGACCAUGUGCGGGCGAUUGAUCUGUUCAAGGUGUUUAGCAGUCUCGUGUCGCCGCACGCCACGCGCGAGCCGCUUGCGCCCGUGAGCGAGACGGCGCGCGGUGCGCACGCGGCCCUGGCGCCUGUGCGCGGCCAGGUGCUCUCGGUGCGCGUGUACCUGUCGGACUUUGGGCGCGAGCGCCUUGCGCGCGAAGACGUCCAGGGCCCGCCGCGCGCCAUCUUCCAGAAGCGCGAGGGCAAGAAGGCCGCGCAGCAGGUCGACGAAGGCAGCGAGUUCGACGAGGAGGCGCUCCGGCAGUACCAGCUCGAGCGCCUGCGGUACUACUACGCGGUGGCUACGUUCGACAGCGCGGCGAGUGCGCGCCACGUGUACAAUGAGAUCGACGGCACCGAGAUGGAGCGCUCGGCGAACAUGUUCGACCUGCGCUUCGUGCCGGACGAUAUGGCGCUGCCCGACGGCGAGGAGGGCCGCGACGCCGGGUUCGCGGACGAGGCGACCGAGGAUGCGGCGCGCUACGAGCCCCUCGACUACAAGACCGAUGCCCUGCGGCACUCGCGCGUGCGUCUGACGUGGGACCAGGACGACCCGCGCCGCGUGAAGCUGACGCGCGCUGGGAACUCCCGCGCGCUGCACGAAGACGACCUCAAGACGUAUCUCGCGUCCAGCGACGAGGAGGACGGCGCGGAGGCCGCCGAGCAGAGCAAGAGCCGCCUGCGCUCGCUGCUGACGGACCUUCCGAAGCGCAGCGCAUUUGACGACGCCGAGGACACGGACAGCCUCUACGCCAAGCCGGAGGGCGACAUGCAGGUGUCGUUUGUGCCUGCGCUCUCGGCCGACGCGACCGCCGCCGAGGCGCCUGAGGAGACGACGAUCGAGAAGUACCGCCGCAAGCAGCGCGAGCGCCGCGAGCGCCGCCGGCAGGCCUCGGCAGCGCGUGCGGCGGAGGAGGGCGAGCCCCUCGGACGACGAGCAGCACUUUAA